GCCGUCACAAGCGCUUGUUGAUCCUAAACAGAAACAGAGAGGCACUUCGGGCUGAUUCAGUUUGUAAACAACAGUUUAUAAUAAUGAUGAAGUCUUGUUGCGUGUACAGCACCGGGGUGCUCUCUAUUCUUAUAUUAAUCGCUGGAAUUGCGAUGGUUUUGGCUCAGGUUUUCCAAAACCUCUUGUACAACAGGAUAAAAAGGGAAGUGGUGCUGGAAAAUGGAACAGAGGCCUUUGCGUUGUGGCAGGAUCCACCUCCACCGGUCUACAUGCAGUUUUACUUCUUCAAUCUGACGAAUCCUAAGGAAGUGCUGUCAGGAGACAGACCUGCGGUGAUUGAGCUCGGCCCAUACACGUACAGAGAGUAUCGACCUAUGGAGGGAGUCAACUUUAUGGACAAUGGCACCAAAGUAGCUGCUGUUAACCCAAAAACGUAUAUUUUCGAGCCCAACAUGUCACGAGGAUCUGAAGAUGACAUAAUCAGGACUGUCAACAUCCCAGCAAUGACAGUGAUGGAGAGGUUUCAAAAUUCCGUCUUAAGGCGUCUAAUCUCCGAUUUGAUGAAAGCUAAAGAAGAGGGGCUUUUUGGGACCUGGACAGUGAGAGAGCUCCUCUGGGGCUAUGAGGACCCGGUACUCAAAGAUCUUCAAGCAUUCGACCGUUCUCUGGACCCCAACUUCGGCCUGUUUUAUAAGAUGAAUGGCACAGAUGAUGGCGAGUAUGUGUUUUACACCGGCAAACAGAACUAUCAGGACUUUGCUCGAGUUGAUCUAUGGAGAAACCAGAGUUCUCUUGAAUGGUGGACCACAGAUCAGUGUAACAUGAUCAAUGGAACGAAUGGAGCAACCUUUCAUCCAAUCAUCACCAAGACGGAGAAGCUCUACAUGUUUUCGUCAGAUCUCUGCAGGUCAAUCUAUGCUACAUUUGAGUCGGAGCUGAGCGUCAAGGGAGUUCCUGCUUACCGCUUUGUCCCUCCCAGCAAAGUUUUUGCAAAUUCAACGAUUAAUCCGGAUAAUGCUGGAUUCUGUGCGGGAGGAAACUGCCUCAGUUCUGGUCUGCUGAACGUCAGUGUCUGCAAGCAAGGUGCUCCAAUCAUCAUGUCCUCUCCUCAUUUCUAUCAGGCUGAUGAGAAGUUUGCUGACGAUAUAUUUGGGAUGCGACCCACUAAGGAAGAGCACGAAACAGCCAUCGACAUCAACCCACUCACUGGACUUGUUGUGCAAGCGGCAAAACGUCUUCAGGUGAACGUAUAUAUUGAGAAGCUUCCAGCUUUCAGCCAAACUGGUGAUGUCAGAACUUUGGUCUAUCCAGUGAUGUACAUUAAUGAGAGCGUCCUAAUCGAUGAGGAUUCAGCCAAAAAGCUUCAAGGCGUGGUUACCCAGGCCAACGUUGUGAUUAACGUGCCCUUCAUCAUUAUUGGUCUCGGCAUCUUAUUAGGCCUUGUCUUCAUCGUGCUCAUGUGUCAUAAAGAGCGGAGCACUCCUGAUGAACGCCAGCCUCUGCUGAGCUCGUAACACGACAGAAAGCGGAUGUUUUUUCCCCGAAUGUCAACGCGGCGUCUACAUCAGUGAACCGAUCGUGAUACACAUCAGUAAUGUGACCUAAUGCAGUAUUAUUCACACCUCAGGGUCACAGUAGAAAGACUUACAUUUUACUUUACAUUUGAAGCAGAACUAAGCCAACAAUUAAGCCAAGCAGAAAUGGCUUGAUUUUGUGUUGUAGCUGGUAAAUAUUUGCAUGCAGUUCUUACGGUCACUUACACUUUCUAUGAAGACUAUAUUCAUGAAGUCUUAAAACUCUAAUAUGUCAUACAUUUCCUGUAUAGUGCUAGCAUUCAUUCCUUGAUUACUUGUAUUAAUGUUAAUAAUUGUGUUUUAUAAAUUUAGUGCAUUUAUGAGUCCUCAAGGAAUUACUGAUAGCGAAUUGUUAGCUACAAAUUCCUCAAAUUGUACAUAAGCUUGAAUGACACGCAAACAGUGGCAUCCUGUGUCAUCACUUCAUCAGUUAUAGUUGAAAGUUUUUUGUUUUGUUUUUUUAGGUCUUGAGCUAAUUGUGUGUAAUUGAAUAAAUGCUAUUGGUUCAUGACGUUGACGAGCAUUAUACUACUAUGAUAAUUUAUAUAGGCUUAACAUAAAUAUUGCUGUGUUUCCAUAAAUCCUGUGUUUCUGAAUGUUGGGAAAUUUACACUGUUGUGUUCGUUGUUAUAUAACUCCGUGUUCAUUCUGAUUGUUGUGAAACGUGGUUGUUAUUGUGCUUUUAAAUGAACAGAUAGAUUGUUUGUUUGUUUGUUUUAUGUUCAUCAAAAAACAGAAUAUUAAUUAGAUACUCUCACAAAUUACUGCAAAGAUUUUCCAUUCAUAUUGGCUUAAAAAAAUAACAAAAAAAACAACCCAGGUUCUACAAGAUGAGCGAAUCUGAUCAUGAGCUGCAGUUUUCAAACAAUUUGUGUACACCAAACCGAGCUAAAAAUUUCCGCUGGAUUUACAAACGUUCCGGAAACGCCGAUUUUCUUCGUGCUUGCGUGUGUUGCUGAAUGCCAAUUAACUGUAAAUUACCGAGCGCGUGCACGACGUAGCUGAUUUGCAUUUAGUGACACCCAUUAAACUCCAUAAAAGUUUGAGUGUACAGACGGCUAUGAGCAUGAAAUGAACGAUCAGGGUAAAGACUGAAAAACAGAAGUGAAAGCUUUUUGACACACUACAAGGCCAAGAAUAAAAGUUAAUAAAUAAUAUAUAAUGUUAAUAAUAAAAAUCGAGCGCUAAAUCUUCCAUAAGCUAAAGCAUUUGUUUACAGCUUAUGGCUCUGCACAGACAGACUGGCCCGUCCUCCUUAUAUACAGCGUCAUUUCUUUUUACAUAUUUGUAUGAUUCGUUUUAUUUAUCUUGAUUUCAGGCUUGCAUUUUUUUUUUUUUUUUAAUACUCUUUAAUUAAGUCCAAUAACAUGAAAUGUGACACAAAACGUUUUCACAAAAUGUUCCUGAAAGUAUUCUUAGUCUGUGACCUGAUGACCUAGCAUGAGGAUCCAAAGCAUUUCUAUAAGUGGCGUCUGCUAAACGCUGUCAACACAGUAAAAAAAAAAAAAAGAAAAGCAAUUUAAACUCAACAGUGUAUUCCAGAUAUAAAAGUGCAGAAAUCCAUGUAAGUUGAUCAAGUCGAGGUUUACAUUAGUUUACCUUUGUAUACGUAAAUCUACACACACUCAGGAGCACGAGUAUAAUAGGAACGUUCCAAUUUGUUUUGGGGUUUUUUUCCCAUAAAAACACAAAUUUCAACACUUUUAAACACUCAUGCUAAUGAUUUAUGCAUAAAUCCAUUUUUAUCCACCUUGAUAAAUGAGGCCCAAUGUGGAAAUUUAGCCUCUGUCCCGAAUGCUAACUUAUGUUUUUAUUACAGUUAUGUCCCAAACUCUGGGUGCAUAAAAUCUGUUCAGGACUACCAAAUCUCCCGCCAUAAUAUGCGUUACCUUGAGCGUAUGUCCGUUUUAAAAUUGAGAAAUGGCUGUAACUAGAGAGAAUUGUUGCACAAAUAGCAUUAAAAAAAUUUAAUCUAGCCAUUUUAGCGUUAUAUCACAGUGCUGUCAAAUUCUGAUUCCAUUUUAUGCAGUGUGUUAUAAAAAGAAUUGCUUAAAGGCGAAUAACACAAUGAUUGGUGGCGUUGGACCACCAACCGGUGGUCUAUUCAGAAGCAUAUUGUGCUUUAUGUCUUAAAUAUCUGUUUAGUUUUGUGGUAAAUUUUAUUUGGUUGUAGUACAAAAAUGUGCUUACAAAUCUGUUGCUUUUGAGUGCAUUAUUUUAUUUUUUAUUUUUUUAAUCAAACCGAUUGUCGAUGAUUGUUGGUUUUGAUGACAAGGGUGUUUUUUUUUUUUUUUUUGGUUUUUUAAUCAUAGUCUCCAUUUUAAAAGGGGUUUUGAUUUUUAAAACAGCUGUCAGACAUUGUGAUAUUUUACAUUUGAAGUUUUCACUUCUUUACAGUUGCACUUUAUUGAGCAACCAGUUGUCAAAUGUCUUGUGUGUUUCUACUGAAUCAUGUGAUAUGUGUAAUAUAAUUUUUUUAAUGUCAUCCAUAAAAAUGGUGUUUUAAUGAA